AUGGGUAUGGACCUUGAGGAGUUCAAUGUGAAGACGCUGUAUGACAAGCUGGAGGACCAGAAUCUUCACGUGGCAUCCCAGCUGGCCCGGCACCGCAAGGACACACAGGAGUUCUACAGGAACAUAUGCCAACAGACAGACGCACUCAGGGACACUCUUGAGAACAUGGGUCCAGAGAAGCUGAAGCAGCUGAAGGAGAUUGUGCAGCUCCACAGCAAACAGAGUGAUGUCCUCUGCAACGGACUGGGACCCUACGCAGCAGCUUUCAGCAAAGACUCCCUGCCAGUGAUGGCGUCUCUGCUCCAGUCUGUGGAGACUCUGCUGUAUCGUCUAUGUGGGGAGGGCUGGCACCUGAUGGACACGUCUGCACCGUGCCUCAGGGAGAGAGAUGCACGCCGGGACCUGCAGACACACGAAUACACACCUGAGAUCCAGGACUCCCUGCAGAGUCUCCCCUGCUCACAGGAAGCAGCAACAGGUGAGGACCCUCCUCCACCUCCAUCUCCCCCCGCCACACCACUGUCCCCUGUCCCUCUGGAGAGUCUCUCCCCUCCACACUUCUCCAUCUUCCUGUUCGGCUGCCAUGUGCUGCGCCUGCUGCGCACCAUCCAGGGCUUCCCACAGGUCUUACUGCUCCCGGCCAAGAGUGUGCCAACCCCAUCGGCCUCUCACACAGACAGACUGGUGGCGUACUGCUGCGGGGACUUUUAUUUUGACAGCCACAAUCAGAUCCUGUACCUGCUGGAGUCGCGGCUGCAGGACGUGGGCCAGUUUGUGGCCGUGCUGGUGCAUGCUGUGGCCUACAUCAGCUGUGGCAUGGAGGGAGCUCGGGCCACAGAGUUCAUGCAGGCGUUUCAUAAGGCUGUGUCACUGAUGGCCUUAGAGCUGUUCACACACACUUUCAACCAGCAACAGAGUUGUACGGAGGAUGAGGAGAGCAGGAGUAUUCGAGGCGCACUGGUGGAGGAGUUCCUGAGUAUGAAAGUGGCACCUAGUGACAUGCACCUCACACCACAGCUGUUGCAGGAGAGGCUUCAGAAGUACAAAUAUUUCAAGUUGGAGGAAAUUCUUAAGGACCUUGGUCAGGAAAAGCAGGCCGAAGGAGCAGAUUGGGGCUGUGAUGCUACUCCUGGCCAGGUGUGUGUGGAGCGGGAGGUAAAGAGACGUGUACCAGAUAAUGAAGUGUACCAGCAGCUGGCCCCACUCCUCCAGAGCCCAGACACACACACACAGCCCCUACCUAGUGCGGUCUCGCUCUCUCAGGCACCUGCAGAGGCAGCCGAGAGCCAGGAGAGGACCCUACUGCUGGGCAUGCAGCAGUGCACCAUAGCCAAGAGGCUGGAUGAGAUGAGAGAGAGGCUCGCCGCCAUCAAGCCUUCCAAACCAGCAUCAGAGCCCAUGCAGAAGAGACACCCGUCUCCUUCCCCUGCACCCAUCACCACCACCCCCAGCCACAGCACCAUCCUCUCCUCACACAGCCCCCAUGACGCCCCCACAGUGGGGAUCAAGUCUGAGAGCAGGAGCUCGCUACACAAGACCGAGGCACAGAGAGACUCCGCCCAGCCCACUGUUUGAGAUACACAGUGGCGGUCCUACAAUGAGUUGCGCACCCGGGCGACACUCCCUCUGACAUACCGCUCCUUUCGCAGUGGCCCAGCCCCCGUGAUAAAAAUCGGCGGCAGUCGCUUAUAACAGCUGACAAAAAACACUUAUAGUAAUGUUAUUAUUACAACAGUGUGGCAAUAGUGU